GCUGUAUACUAUUGAUAUAAAAUAUGUUCAAGGGACUUUUUGUCAUAUUUUUACUUACCAUUGCAGUCUGAGUAGCGAGGACUCCGGAUUCUGAGGAAUGUGACGCACAGAGAAAAUGAAAAGAACCCUUUACAAGCUGUAUAGAAGGUUAUUGAGAGCAUAAAGGUGUCUUUCCAGCUGAAUGGCAAGAGGUACUAGGAGCAAGCCUUCUGUUUGUAACGACUGCUAUGUGAAAUGCUGCUGGUAUUAGUGGCGGAGGGAUCAUAGUUACCAUUGGUAUAGGUCUGUUUUAUCUUUCGUCAAAAGAAGCAGUCGCUAUGUCCAACGUGCUAAUUUUCUUUGGAUGAGUUACUAGAUUCACUAUCAACUUUAAGCAGAGGCAUCCUCUUAAAGAUGCUACAUCGAUUGAUUAUGGUGUGGUAACAUGCCAGUUGCCACUUGUCAUGCUUGGCACAUUCCUUGGAGUGCAGUUGAAUGAGCUUUUGGCAGAAACUCUAAUUUUUAUUCUCCUUUUUCUGACCUUUGCUGCUCUGACAUAUCGAUCAUUUCGCAAAGGUAUUGAUGUUUCAAAGCGAGAGAAAAGAGAAAAGAAGGAAAGAGCCAAAUGUCUUGAUGAAACCAGACUACUUACAGAUCACCCUCAAGUAGAAUCAAUUAGUUCCAUAAAAGAGACAGAAGAAUAUAAAGAGUAAGUAAUCACAACAAGAAAGACCUAAUGGAUUUUACAGGACAGAAAAUGAA